AUGGCCAACAUGGUGGAAUCAAACAAGAAGCGCCGCUUCUCAGAUGCUGAGAGCCCCGAAGUCAAGGUCGAAGUCACUGCAGCCCCCGCCGCUCCUGCGCCCCAGAACAACCGAACUCUUUUCGUCCGCUCACUCCCCGAGUCGGCCACUUCAGAGAGCCUGGCAGAAUAUUUCUCGGAAUCUUACAUUAUCAAGCACGCUGUUGUUGUUUGCGACAAGGAAACUAAGAAGUCUAAGCAAUUCGGUUUCGUGACAUUCGCCGACGUCGAGGAUGCCGAGAGUGCCUUGAAGGAACUCAAUGGCUCCAAGUUCGACGGAAAGAUCAUUCGUGUCGACUAUGCCGAGCAGCGUAAGCGUGAAAUCGACGAGAAGAUCGGUCGCAGUGUGCCCACCGCUGCGUCUCUCGAGUCGAAGAAAAAGAAGGAAGAGGAAAGAGGUCAGGGCUUGCCGCCCAAGCUGAUUGUCCGCAAUUUGCCAUGGAGUAUCAAGGAGUCUAAAGAUCUGGAGAUCUUGUUCCGCAGCUUUGGAAAGGUCAAGUUUGCUACUCUGCCCAACAAGAACGGCAAGCUCUCUGGUUUCGGUUUCGUGACACUGCGCGGCCGCAAGAACGCCGAAAAGGCGCUCCAGACACUCAACGGCAAGGAGAUUGAUGGUCGCCAAAUCGCGGUCGAUUGGGCUGUUGAGAAGGAGGUCUGGCAGACGACGAAUAAGGAGGAGGAGGAGAAAGAAGAGAAGGAGUCUGAGGAUGUCAAGAUGGAAGAUGCUGGUGGCCCUCUGGAGGAGCCUUCAGAGGACGAGACAUCUUCCGACGAGGAUGACGAGGAUGACGAGGAGGAUGACGAAGAUCUUGACGACGACGAGCUGGAUGACCUCGACGAUGAGGACGAAAACAAAGAGGAUGACCGCAACAACUCAACAAUCUUCCUUCGCAACCUCCCCUUCACUGCCACCGACGACUCUCUCUACGAACACUUCUCCCAAUUCGGACCUUUACGAUACGCCCGUGUGGUUCUCGACCACGAAACCGAGCGCCCCCGCGGCACUGGUUUCGUAUGCUUCUGGAAGGCUGAUGACGCUAACACAUGUAUCCGCGAGGCUCCCCGCGGUGCUGAAGCCAUGGCUCCCAGCAAAGACAAGCCCAAGUCCAACACAGCCAUGAAGCACUCUGUCCUUCAAGACGAGAACACCGAUCCCAGCGGUCGCUACACCCUCGAAGGUCGUGUCUUGCAGGUCGCUCGCGCCGUGAGCAAGGGCCAAGCCGCAAAGCUGGAGGAAGAAGGUGUCUCUCGCCGCAUGGUCCGCGACACCGACAAGCGUCGCCUCUACCUCCUCAACGAAGGAACCAUUCCCUCCAACUCACCCUUGUACAAGAAGCUCUCACCCUCCGAGGUCAAGAUGCGUGAAGACUCCUACAAGCAACGUGAAACCUUCAUCAAGAAGAACCCCGCCCUCCACCUCUCGCUCACCCGUCUCGCUAUCCGUAACCUCCCCCGUCACAUCGGCUCCAAGGACCUGAAGCAACUUGCUCGAGAGUCUGUCGUCAACUUCGCCAAGGAUGUCAAGAAGGGUGUUCGUCAGCCUCUGUCUCGCGAGGAGCAACAGCGCUCCCGCGAUACCAUGAAGGAACUCGAACAGCUGCGCAAGCAGAAGAAAAUGGGUAUCGUGCGCCAAGCCAAGGUUGUCUUCGAGACCCGCGAGGGAACCAAGGUCUCUGAGAAGACUGGUGGUGGUCGUUCCCGUGGCUACGGAUUCAUUGAAUACUUCACCCAUCGUCAUGCGCUGAUGGGUCUGCGCUGGCUGAACUGUCACUCCAUGGUUGUUCCUGCUUCCGCGCAGGAUGCCGAAGACAAGGACAAGAAGAAGAGUCUGGUUGUUGAGUUUGCGAUUGAGAAUGCGCAGGUUGUCAAGCGUCGCAAUGAGCUACAGGCCAAAUCGCGUGAGCCGAAGCCCAAGCGUGACGAUGACGAUCACAAGGAUCUCAAGAGGAAGCGAUCGGAUUCUCGGGGCAAGAAGGAUGGUCGGGAUGAUAGACGCGAUGCAAAGCGUGGCAAGACCGAUUCUAAGCCCGAGAAAAAGACCGAGAAGACUGAAGAGGAGGACAAGGCGGCCAAGCGCAAUCGCAUUAUCGGACAGAAGCGCAUGAAGCGCAAGGGCCGUAAGGGCAAAUGA